UUCUUCUCCAUCUCUCUUAUCUUUUUAUUCACAAUCUCUCUCUCUCACACAUUCGCACAGUUUCUUCGCUGGUAAGAACGGACGAACGAGCCACAUAGACCGGCUUCGACCCGAAUCCGCCGCAAGACCCGACUAGCAGCUUCUUCCAUCUAUCCCGAUAUACAAUACCAAUCGCUGCCAUGAACUUGCAAUCUGGUUCUCGAGGAAUCGCUCGGCAUUGAUAAUCUGUUUCGACGGGAAGUUAGGGACUAGGGUUUUCAAUUUGAAGCAUUGUUUUGACGGGGUGUAAUUUCUAUUCCGAUUGCUAGGUUUUUUUUUUUUUGUUCGCUUUCAACACGGGGAAGAUAGGUGUGGGUUAAGAGGAUAAUGUGUAUACUGUGUGUGAUCCAGAAGUGGUCUCGCCGGGUUGCUAGUAUGCUACCUUGGUUAGUUAUUCCUCUUAUAGGAUUGUGGGCUCUCUCACAGCUUCUGCCGCCUGCUUUUCGAUUCGAGAUCACCUCGCCUAGGCUCGCUUGUGUUUUUGUGCUUUUGGUCACUCUAUUUUGGUAUGAGAUUUUGAUGCCCCAGCUGUCUGCUUGGCGUGUGCGUAGAAAUGCUAGGUUAAGGGAGAGAAAAAGGUCUGCAGCAAUUGAAUUGCAGAAGCUGCGGAAGACUGCAACAAGGAGGUGCAGAAACUGUUUGACUCCUUAUAGGGAUCAGAAUCCAGGAGGUGGUAGAUUUAUGUGUUCCUAUUGUGGCCAUAUUUCCAAGAGGCCGGUUUUAGACUUGCCCGUGUCCUCUGGAAUGGGAAUGCCUAAUUCUGGGAUUAUUAAGGAUCUGGUUGGCAAAGGUGGGAAGAUAUUGAAUGGCAAGGCAUGGUCUGAUAAUGGAUGGAUGUGCAGUCAGGAUUGGUUAGAAAAUGGCAAUUGGGUUGGUGGGUCCAUUGCAGGGAACUCUAGUUAUUGGCGGAAGAAUGGGAGUGGGAUUUUUGGAGAUGAUGAGAAUUGUUUGGCUGAGAAAUCUUAUUCAGGUGUUGUAAUUUUUGCAUGCAAGUUGUUGACUUCUUUUUUCUUGAGCAUUAGAUGGAUAUGGAGAAAGAUUUUUAGAGUUAGUUCAUCAAAGGAAGAUGCUUCUUCUGAUGCAGAUCAUCGGGGAAUGUUGGCUAAGAGGGGUGAGAAUGGGGCAAGUUAUCAUGAGAGUAGAGGAGAAAAAGCACGGCGAAAAGCUGAAGAGAAACGACAGGCUAGGUUAGAGAAGGAGCUUUUGGAGGAGGAAGAAAGAAAGCAGAGAGAGGAGGUUGCAAGAUUGGUAGAGGAACGCAGGAGGCUUAGGGAUGAGAAAAUGGAGGCUGAAAAAGAUCAGAGCAAAUCUUCACCACCCACCAGGGAGAAAGAUAGUAGGAAGGAAGCAGAAAAGAAACGUCAAGAAAGAAAGAAGGAAAAAGACAAGGCGUCUAGUAAGAGUAAUUCUGAUGCUGAAGAGUUGGAAAAGAAAACAGGCAAGGAAAGUGACAAGAAAAGAGACUUUGAGAAGAAGAGUGAAAAUGAUCGUCGGGAACAUCAGAAAUCAGGGACAGACAGUAUGAAGGGCCAGAAUGCUGAAUCAGGACAUGUGGUAAAGCAUCCAUCUGCAAGCAGUUAUAUCCGUGGAAAUGCUGGAACUAGAUAUCUGGAUCGAAUGAGGGGUACAUUCUUGUCUUCCUCUAGAGCUUUUACUGGAAGUGGUUUCUUUGGAAAGACUGCUAAUACUCCUGCAAAUAUUACAAAAGAAAAUAAGUUCAACAGUUCUGUAGAUCAUGGCCAUGCUUCUGCCCAUAGGAGGGAUGUAUGUCCACCUGAGCGUCCUGUUGGGAAAUCAAAUGUGAAUGGAGAUGAUAAGAAUGUAAACCGUCCUAUUGUCUCAGAACCACAACUAAGGCCAGCUCCUAAAAAAUCAUGGCAACAAUUAUUUACUCGAACAUCAGCUGCUCCUUUACCCUCAAACACAAAUGUCAUAAGUAGGCCAAACUCAAAGCCGCAAGCUGAAGUUCAAAGCCCACAUUUACAUGGGCAGUCAUCAUCAAUACAGUCAUUUGAUAAUCCAAUCAGUUUUGGGCUGCCAUCGCCAUUUACUCUAUCUACAUAUCCAAGUGUAUCCAGUACCAGUAGUUUAGGUUUCUCACCUCCCAUUGAACCAAUUUUUUCUCGUGUUGAAGGGUCCCAUGAAUUUAUUCCUGAGGAACCUGAGCUUUUUGAAGAUCCAUGUUAUGUUCCUGAUCCGAUAUCAUUGCUUGGGCCUGUUUCAGAGUCACUUGAUAAUUUUCAGUUGGACCUGGGGAUGGGUUUUGCGUCAGAUAUAGGAUUGGAGAGGCCUCAUACUUUGAAGAAUUUAUCUGCAUCGCCUGAAGUGAGCAAGCCAUCUCCAAUUGAAUCUCCACUGUCACGAGUACGAAUUACAGAUGAAAAGCAUAAUGGAUCUAAUUGGUUUCCGGCUACUCCUAAGACUCAGGAUUUACACACUCUACCUGUGGAAGAUGUGCAUGCGAAUGAGAAGGGAACGUGGCAAAUGUGGAACAGUUCUCCUCUUGGUCAGGAUGGUUUGGGUUUGGUAGGUGGCCCAGGAAGCUGGCUUUUACCUCCUGAACUUAGCAGAUCAACCAAGGAAGAUGUCUUGCAGCCUUCAUCUCAGAAAACUAUGGCUUCUCUUUUUACAAACGAUGACCAAGUCAUUUCUGGUAGCCAUUCUCCACACAAGGUUUUUCUUGGCAAUGGCCAGAAUAGUGCAGCAUUUAGUCCAGUCACUGGUUCAAGUGAUAAUGAUCCAUGGUUACAGAAAGCUUUUUAUCCACCAUUGUCAGCCUGUGAUAGCCAUUUCUCUCUGAAACCUCAAGAGGAGGGCACUAAGAAUGAAAUGAUUUAUGGGAGUCCUACUGGAGCUGCAAGCAACCAUUCUUUUGAGCUGUCUCAAGCUAACUGUUGGUCCAAGAAGGACUGGACUGUUCAAGGUUCAGGGGAAGGUGUUGGAAAGACAUCUGUGACAAGGCCCAAUAUUGGGGGUUUAUUCCCAACCCCAGAUGUACAGUCGCUUUGGUCAUUUGAUUAGGGAAAAGAAAAAAACAAGAAAAGGAGUAACAGUAUGAGGGACCUAAGUACACCUCCUGUUCAGAAGAGGCAAACUUCCCUCUUUUUGUAGGAAAGUUCAGAAUACUGAACAGGAUUGUAUCUUCUUCCUCAUCUUCUUCUUUAUAAGGGAGAUUGAUUUUACUUACGUUAGCAUGGAUAGGAAUACUCACGUGGCAUGCAUUCACUUGUGCAUCAGGUAACAGCUAGAUGUCAUACAAAUUCUAAAAACCUUUUUUGAACUUUGUUGGGGGAGGGGGUGUCCCCUUUUUGAGGAAAAUUAGUUCUUUUGAGAAUGGUCAUUCCUCCUCUUAGUUGCUUAUCUCUUCAUCUGUGAAAGAAUGUUCCAUGAAACAAUACUAACGCACCUGUUAAUAAGAUAACUCUUUUCUCUUCUUUUUAGGUUUUUCAAUUUUCCAUGGCUGGAAGACUCCCCCUUCACCCUAAUUAAGAAAUGCAAGUUUAAACAACCGUCAAAACUUUAAUUGCUCA